CUCGCACAUUUACACGCAAACGGUUAAUUCAGGUGUAGCUUGUGAAGUAACGUUCAAAUCUCUCUCUAGAUAAAACAAUAUCUCAAGAGCAUUUUAAUACGUUUAAAAACUUGUAUUGUUUGACAGUAUACCUCUGUGAUCACAGUAAUGAGGAUCAUAAACAUUUCGUUUUUUUCCUUCUUUAAAAUUAAGACGAAAUGAGUGGAAUUUGGUCUUAAUUAGUGUUUAAAGGUCGAGUUGAGAGUGCUAGCUAUGAUGAGUACAAGUUUUCAACACGGUUUUUGAUACCUUUUGCAAAAGUUAUGUACGUAUUAGUUUUAAGUAUAAAAAUUGCCCGCCACGUAAAGGUAUGACGCAACGAAACGCCAGAACAGUGAUAUUCAUAUUUAGCAUUACUUUAUUCACCCUUUACUAUAACUUCAGCAAGAAGUUAUCAACAUCAUACGCACCACCAAUGCAUCUAUCGAAUGAUUUGGUUUCAGGCUCUGCGACAGCGCAAAAAACUCUCGGCGCGCGAGAGAACUGCCGUGUCCGAAGACCGGACCCCUUUCACUCAUCAAUCAUGGAUUUCAUCGAACCGCAAACUCCGAUUAAGUGCGACAGCAAACCGCUCACCAGAGCUGUGUACGACUCGACAACAGAUCUUUAUACAUUGGAAAUCUCGCGUGACGCGCUGAAAAGCUACGGACUCAGCGAACAAGAAACAAAAUCUCUUUAUUGCUGUUACUAUCGUUAUCCCGAGAUGCCAACCAUGAAGAACGAAAGUCGUAGAAAAUUGAGGAUGCCCUGCUCCAAAUUCCGAAGCAACAUCACACUGGACUACAACGCAGAGAUCGUCCACGUAAAUUGCUUCACGCGGAAUCGUAAGUCGCGCCAAAAGGUCCACCAAGACGUCCACUCAACCCCAACCAAACGCAAAAAAAUAACCCGCAAACCAACCCCACGAGACCGACAACGCGACACCUUCAACGUCCUCUUGGUCGGCCUGGACGCCGUCUCUUACUCAAACUUCCAGCGGCAGAUGCCUGCCACCCUCCGCUUCCUCCGGAGCACCGGGUGGAUCGAGUACAACAGCUACAACAAAGUCGAAGACAACACCCUCCCCAACCUCAUCCCUAUCCUGACCGGUCACAGCAUGCCCCAACUCGAGGAAACCUGCUGGCUUCGGGACAGCGACUCCUGCCCUUUCGUCUGGAAGAACUUCAGCGCCCGCGGUUACACCACCAUGUACGCCGAAGACGAGUACAACAUGAGCACGUUCAACUUCAGGAAAGACGGCUUUCACCAACCACCGGUCGACUUCGAAGCCGGUCCUUAUAUCCUCAGCGCAACCAUCGGGCUGAAGAGAAAGAUCGUGAACCGGUUGAACUACUGCCUAGGCCCCACGACCUCUGCCGAGAGACUCCUCAACUACUCGCUCGAUUUCUUGCGCUUGACGUCCGACGCCCGGUUCUUCGGCGUCGUCUGGGUGAACUCGCUGACCCACAACAGCCUUCAGAUCCCUAGCACGGCCGACGAUAUAAUGGUCGAUUAUUUCACGUCCCUCGAGAGGUUAGGCGUACUGGACGAUACUUUCAUCGUCUUCCUCAGCGACCACGGGGUUAGGAUCGGCGAGUUCCGGCAGACGUUCUACGGUUGGAUAGAGGAGCGGCUUCCGUUUUUGUUCUUCCACGUACCGGGGAGAUUCCGGGAGAUGUACCCGGAAGAGGUGAGGGUCAUGCGAGAGAACGCCGGGAGGCUGACGUCACCCUACGAGGUCCACGUCACGAUCCACAAGGUGCUCAACAUGUCGGCGGACGUCGUCCCUGCAGGGUGUCCGCGAUGCCGCGGGCUCUUCGAACCCAUCGCCGAGGGACGGUCGUGCGCCGAUGCGGGGAUCCCGUUCGACUGGUGCGCCUGCGGGGAGUUCGUCGAGGAGUCGACCGAGAGUCGCCUGGCCGUCGUCGUGGGGCGGGCGCUCGUGGAAGAGAUCAACAGGAUGACGUACAACAAGUCCACGGAGCGUUACCAGGAGUGCGCCAGGUUCAGGUUGGCCGAGGUGAUGUCGUUGAGGAGGAUGAUGGACUCCGCGGUGGGUGCCCGGUCGGCGAUGAUGGUGAUCGUGAGAGUGGAGCCCGGGCGGGCCGUGUUCCAGGCGAUCGUCGCCCACAAGCCGGAGAUCCAGGUCUUGGGCUCCGUCAGCCGGCUCGACUUGUACGGGAGAAAAAGCGAUUGCGUUGAGUCGGCUUGGAUGAAGAAGUACUGUCACUGUGUGUGGAGACCCCUCAAGGAUAAUCGGUAGAGUUUAUCGGCAGGGAAACUACCAGACCACAUACCUCGUUUGCGAUGUUUAAAAAUUUCUGCAUCCCUUUUUUUUGUAAAGGAAAACAAACCGGUAU